GCGCGGGGGAACGCAGCCGCCCUCCCUCGAGCAGAAGGAACCAACGCUGGGGCCAACGCCGUUUCCUGCUCCUCCUCUGGCUCUUCCCGAAAGAGCUCCGCACCUCCGGCCCGGGAGGACGAUGCCUCAACAGGUGCUGAAGAGGCAGCAAAGGGCUCAAGUCCCUGACACGGGCAUUGCCCUCAGCAGUGAUUAUUAACCAGGACUGAAGCUGUCACCGAGGGCCCAUCCAUGGACGCCAGCAAAAAGGUGGAUCUGAAGAUCAUUAUCAUAGGAGCUCUGGGUGUGGGCAAAACCUCCCUCCUGCACCAAUAUGUGCACAAGACCUUUUAUGAAGAUUACCGCACCACGCUGGGCGCCAGCAUCCUGACCAAGGUCGUCGCAGUGGACAAAACCCCCCUGAAGCUGCAGAUCUGGGACACGGGGGGACAGGAGAGAUUCAGGUCCAUGGUGUCGACUUUCUACAAGGGCUCUGAUGGAUGCAUGCUGGCCUUCGAUGUGACAGACAGGGAGUCCUUUGAGUCCCUGGACAAUUGGAGAGAUGAUUUCCUGGAGAAGGUCAUCCCGAGGGAUCACGAUUUCCCCAUGGUCGUGUUGGGGAACAAAAUAGACCUCUGUGACCGGGAGGUGCCCAAAGAGCUUGCCUCCUCCUGGUGCAAGGAAAAAGACAUCCCUUACUUCGAAGUCAGCGCCAAGAACAACAUCAACGUGGCACAAGCUUUCGAGACGCUCGCCAAGCAAGCCCUGACCACGUAUAAAGGGAUUUACGAGAGUUAUUUAACCGACUCCAUCAAGCUCACUCCUGAAGACAAACCCACCAAGAGAUGCUGCUGAGUCCAGCACCGGAGCUGUGCUGUGAUCUGCACACGUGGCUGAGCAUCCCAUGCACCCUGAUGCUGUGAUGCCAACGCUGGGAUCCUGCCUGGGGCUCCGUGUGCCCUGGCUGUGCCAGGGCUCUGCCUCAGGCCUCGAUACGAGAUGGUCGGUCACCUCCUGAUGCGCCCAGGCUGGGCUGUGCACCCAGGUCCUGCUGCUUGGAUCUGUUCUCCCAAAUCAGCCACCAAGGCACAGUGACCCUUGGUGAGCUCUGUUCUCCACUCACCUGGCACCCAAACAGGGGUGUCCCUGCGGUGCCAGCAACCCUACAGUAACGGUGCCAGGAUGCUGGGCAGUGCCUUUGGAGCAUGGGACAUCCUCCAGAGCAUCGCUGGGUGACUGCAGCCUUUGCCAUGCACAGACCCCACAGCUGCUGCCAGGAGAGGAGAGGGGCCACUGGGUGGCACACAGCUCUGAGAGCACUGCAUCCCCCCAGGCUCAGCUGCUGCGCCCAUCACCGCCCUGUGCCUCAGUUUCUCCCACUCUGUAAAACGUCUUCCAUUUCCCACCUCGUUGAUGAGGAGCCUCUGCAAAGCACUUUGUC